AUGAAAAAGUCAUGCCCAAAAACUUUAUUUGAUGGUUUAUCAUGCACUGGUUUAUCUGUUUUAAGAAAAAUUAAACAAAGUACUUUAGUACAAUGUAGAACUAAUCAAAAUCAACACAAUAAUCGUGUAUCAAAAAUAUUACAGUGUAAAGAUGGUUACUUUAUUGGUUGUAGUUUUUGGUCUUAUGGAGAUAAUUGGCAUCGGUUUACUCCAAUAUCUAAGUCAUAUGAUAUUAACCUUAUUCGACGCCUUCUGGAUGGUGAAUCAAUUGAUCGAUUAUUAAUUGAAGAUCGAUGUUGUACCAUCUUACCUAAUACAACACAAAAAAAAAUUUGCCCUCAAUUAGAAAACAUGCCAUGUGAAGUUAAAUUUUAUCGAUUUAUGGCUCUUAAUUUGUUAGAAUGUCCUUUUGUGGUAUUAGUUUGUAUAGGAGAACAUACUCAUCCACUACCUCUACCAUAUCAUGUGCCGGAAGCUAUUCAAGCUCGUCUUAAAACUUUAAUUAAAGAAUUUUCAAAUAAUUUAGAACAUGUUACGCCACGAAAAUUAAUAUCAGGAAACUUAAUUAAAAGCUAUUUUGGAAAUGAUCUAUUGUCAGAAAUUCAUGUUUCUUUAAACAAUUUGGAUCAUCUUCGAUAUCUUGUUGCUCAGGUCCAUAAUUCAAUUCAUCCACAUGGACAAGACAUAUUAGACUUAGUUCAUGCCUUUUCUUCUAAUUUAGAUAAUAUUCGAGAAUAUGUCCAAAAAGUAUUAAUAGCUGAUAAAGAACAUGUUGAUGCUAUACUUCAUGAAUUUUCCAUAUCAGAUGAAGCUGGAGCAUCAGAAGAUUGGUGUAUUGCAGGAGAAACUACUAAUAUUGCUGAAUCUGCUCAUGCAAAUGCUAAUAGAGAAGAAAUUCAAAUGAACAAAUAUAAUGUCCCCAAAACUGAUCAUUCAUCAGGUCCGGUAACUAAAGCAACUCAAUCUAUUAAACGAUUAGAGAGCAAACAACUUCAUAGCUCAAAAGGUCAAAAGCGUAAAAAACCUGAGUCAGCAUUAUUAAAUAAAAAACUAUCACCAACUUCUAAAACUACUAUAACAAGCAACAAAGAAUUAGAUGAACUUGAUAUUGAAAUUGCCAAACGAGAAAAAUUAAGAAGGCUUGAGUUAAUAGAUUAUGAAUUUCAAUAUAAAAAAGAAAUUUUAGAUAUUGAUAAACAAACAAAAUUAGCUGAACUUCAUGCUCAAUAA